GUCAUAUGACCAUAAAGUUGUACUUCCUCAAACUGGCUCACACACCCCCGCUGCUCCUCUUCUGGGUCUGAUCUCUGUAGCCGGGCUCUCUGGGGGUCGCUGGCCGGUUUGGGGGGCUCAUGGCCGGGUUCUGGAGGCAGAGGGUGGUCGCUGGCUGUCUGCUGCUCCUCUCUUACCUGCUUACCUGCAGCCUCAGGUGUGCAGAAAGCAGCAAGAGCAGCAACAUCGUCCUCAUCCUCACCGAUGACCUGGACCUGGAGCUGGGUGGGCUGACUCCUCUAAAGAAGACCCAAGCUCUGAUUGCGGACGCAGGUGUCACUUUCUCUAAUGCGUACACCGCAACGCCCCUGUGCUGCCCGAGCCGCAGCAGUAUCCUCUCGGGGAAAUAUCCACACAACACCAUGGUCCACAACAACUCGCUGUCCGGCAACUGCAGCAGCAAAGCCUGGCAGAGCAACCAGGAGAGCCGGGCCUUCCCCGUCUACCUCAGCAAGCUCUUCUACCAGACCUUCUUCGGAGGGAAAUAUUUAAAUCAGUACGGGUCGGAGGAGGCGGGAGGGGUGAAGUAUGUUCCUCCAGGCUGGGACCAAUGGCACGCUCUGGUGGGGAACUCCAAGUACUACAACUACACUCUCUCAGUUAAUGGACAGGCAGAGACUCAUGGAGACAACUACGAAAAAGACUACCUCACAGACCUUAUCCUGAACAAGUCGCUGAACUUCCUGGAUCAGCGAAGCCCCCAGUACCCCUUCUUCGUGAUGCUGUGCCCACCGGCCCCCCACGCCCCCUGGACUGCAGCCCCUCAGUACCAGAAGAGCUUUAUAGAUGUGAAGGCUCCACGGGACGGCAGCUUUAACAAACCUGGCAAGGAUAAGCACUGGCUGCUGCGUCAGCCCCCAAACCCCAUGGCCAACAGCUCCAUCGACUAUCUUGAUGAUGCUUUCCGUAAAAGAUGGCAAACUUUGCUAUCUGUGGACGACAUGGUGGAGAAGCUGGUGAAGAAACUAGAAGACAUAAAAGAGAUAAACAACACCUUCAUUUUCUUCACCUCUGAUAACGGCUACCACACAGGUCAGUUUUCCCUCCCCACUGAUAAAAGGCAGCUGUACGAAUUCGACAUUCACUUACCGCUGUUGGUGCGGGGGCCAGGAAUCAAGCCCAAACAGACUCUAUCUGACCCAGUGAUGAAUAUUGACCUGGCUGUGACCAUCCUGGACAUUGCUGGAGUCAAUGUCUCUGCCUUAAAUAUGGACGGACAGUCUUUUCUUCCACAACUUGUUCCAUCAGCACGUAACGGCACGUCUCGCCCGUACUUCCUGGUGGAGUACUCUGGAGAAGGUCUCUUCCCUGCAGAUCCUGACUGCCCCAAACUCGGCCCGGGAUUGGCUAAUUGCUUCCCGGACUGUGUGUGUGAGGACGCUUGCAACAACACGUACGCCUGCGUUCGGACCCUGAAGGACAAUAAUUUCCAGUACUGUGAGUUUGCAGAUAAUGAGUCAUUUGUGGAGUUCUACAACCUGACGUCUGACCCUCACCAGCUGGAGAACAUUGUGAAGAAGGUGGACCCUGCUCUCCUGCAGACCAUGAACCAGAGGCUCAUUAAGCUCCAGUCAUGUGCGGGGAAGAGCUGCCGAGAGCUCAAGUGAUCCUUAUAAACCACCCGGCGGAUCUCCAGCCUCAGACUCAGCCUCAGACUCGGGGUCUGAGCGUCUCUCGGGUUAAACUUUAUGAGAAGGCUGGCCAACUUCUAUGAUCCACAUAAAUCACAGAGAGCGGCCACAGUGUGUUCACACACAGCUACUGCUGCUACACUUCAAACAGUCACGAUGUAAUUGAAUUGAAUUAAUUCAGUUUAAUUAUAUGACUGUGUACACCUUUAUCACACCUUUAUAACUGCGUAUCACACAGUUUUACUGUAUAUCCAUUCCAGUUGGGCCUGUCAUGAUAAGUAUUUUGGUUUAGAAGAUUUUAUAUAUAUAUAAAAAGCUCUGGAAUAUUGUCAUUUAGAGCAUUUAUUUGCAGAAAAUGGGAAAUGGCUGAAUUUAACAAAAAAAAGUUGCAGAAUUUUCAGACCUCAAAUAAUAAAAACAUAAAAAAAACAAGUUCAUAUUCAUAAAGUUUUAAGAGUUCAAUAUUUGGUGGAAUAGCCCUGGUGGUUUUUGAUCACAGUUUUUUAAAUGCGUCUUGGUAUCAUGUUCCCCUCCACCAGUCUUACACACUGCUUUUGGAUAACUAAAUUCAAGCAGUUCAACUAGGUUUGAUGGCUUGUGAUCAUCCAUCUUCCUCUUGAUUAUAUUCCAGAGGUUUUUAAUUUGGUAAAAUUAAAGAAACUCAUCAUUUUUAAGUGGACUCUUAUUUUUCCAGAGCUGUAUUUUUUCUUAAAGUAGGGAGAAAAGAGGAAGAAAUAAUAAUUAAUCAGGAAGGUACAGAAACAGGACAAAAUCCUGAAAAAGUCUAAAUAAUAUUCAGUAUAAAAGCACAGAAAUAAUAGAUGAAAAAAUAAAUUUAGACGAACAAUAUCGUUGUGAUUGUAAGACCAUUUUAUGCCACUGUUCUGAUAAUAUGAAUUAUAUAAUACCAUAAUGAUUAUAUAAUGCAUUAUUACACCAUUUUAAAGAGCAAUGAUUUAUUUUUUUUUUAAUAAUGGAAUAAAUAUUUUAAAUAGCCUAAAUAAAUUUAAUGUAAUUUUGUUUUGAAACAGAAUCAACAUACCAUCUCACGGGUUAAUGGGUUCUUUCUUGGUCCCUCCAAUGUGAAUGUACCUGUAGCUUUAAUAUGUAGAUUUGUGUAGAAUAUUAACAAUCAACACUGAAUUGCUGCUAUUUUACAGCAGGUUACUCUUUUUUUUUAACAUCUUACUGUCUUUAAUUCAUGCAUUAAAUCUAACUUUGCUUCAGCAAAGUGCAAAUUUCAAUUUAAAGCACUUUUUACAUUUUAAAACAUGAUUAUUAAAACCACAUUGCACCCAUUCAGAGGAACUGUGAAAUGGUGGAGAGCUUUAAAUCAUAUAUAUUUUUAAUAUAAACUGUAUUUCCGGUCACAUAUCACAUGAAUAUUUUAAAUAUUAUUUAAAUGUGAAUAUAUAAUUUCCCUCUCUCUCUUUUACAUGUGCAUCGCUCCACUCCACUCCAGAUAUUUGAGAACACACUCCAGAGCUUUAAACUUUCUCACUGUAUUUGUAACUGGAUUUUUUUUUUAUGGAUUAUGUUGGAUAUUUAAGGGAAAAUUGUCUCAUUUAGGCAAAGUUUUUUUUUUUUGUAUUAUGAUGGAAUUAUAUGUGCCUUGUCUUUUGCACUAUAAUUGUGAACACACUUUUGCGUUAAAGGAAAUGUUAAUUUUACAGAAUAAUAAUAAAUGUGAAAUUGGGAAGUUUAACCACCCCCAAACUUUUAAUUUUGUCCUGUUUGAAAAAAAAUGUUAAAGAAAUUCUAUUAAAUUCCUUAAAACAG